UUUUUUAAAUUAAAUGUUCUUGAAAAUCUCAGUUUUGGACGAGACUGACUUUAUGACCAGAAUGAUCCUACUAUUUACACUUUGUAGUCAAUUUGGACACUAGAAUACAUUUUUCUGACUAAUAUCGAUGCCACAUAGGCUCACCGUAGUAAAACUGUGUAAAAGUGCUUCUAAACAGUUAAACUGCUCUUAAUUUAGUUAGGGUAGAAUGUCCAGCUCACAUUUCAAGCAGAAAGCAGGAAUCUCAGGCCAUAAAAGGGCAUGUGUCUCAUAGAGAUGAUGUCAUCAGAACAGCCAUGCUGGGUCUCCCCUUUCAGUUACACAGAGAGAGGGAGCCUGUGUGUUACAGAGGGAUAAGGGGAGAGGGAGGAUAAUGUGUGUGUGGCCAAGGAAAAGGCAGGGUGUUUAAGAGUGAGAGAGGACAGAAGCAGAAGUUUUGAGAAAGACUAGUUUACUAGAGGGAGAAGUGUGAGCGAGAGGAACAAAGGCUACGGAGAAAAAUAGGAAUACAGAAAGGGAGAGGGAGAGAGGGACAGAAACAAAGUUAUAGCAGCUGUUUCAGACCGUCAGAGAGCGGACUGAGCCAAAGGGAACAAGAGAGAGUUUCUGUGUCAUGGGCAAAUCAGCUUCUAAGCAGUUUUCGGAGGAAGUGUUGCGGAGUCAUAAUGAGUAUCGUAGGAAGCACCAGACACCCCCUCUGAAGCUGAGCAGCAAGCUGAGUAGCGAUGCCACUAGGUAUGCUGAGUCUCUGGCCAGCACACGGAUCCUGAAGCACAGUGUUGAGUCCAGUAAGGGGAGCUGUGGCGAGAACCUGGCCUGGGCCUCCUAUGACCAGCCAGGGAAGGAUGUGGCUGACCGCUGGUAUGACGAGGUCAAACAAUACAACUUCAACCGCCCCGGCUUCUCCUCUGGCACAGGUCAUUUCACAGCAAUGGUGUGGAAGGGCAGUAAGAAGCUGGGUGUGGGGAAGGCCAGUGCGCCAGAUGGCUCGUCAUUCGUGGUAGCCAGGUACUUUCCAGCAGGGAACAUCACCAACCAGGGACACUUUGACAACAACGUCCUGCCGCCCAAGGACUAAGGAACAUACUGACCCAUCCAAAAGACAUUUGCACUUUGACUUGUGACCUUGACUUACAUGUAUGUAUGUAUGUAUGUAUGUGUGUAUAUGUAUGUAUGUAUGUAUGUGUGUAUGUAUGUGUUUGUGUGUGUGUAUGUGUGUGUGUGACUUAACAAAUGAAUGAACAAAAAUAUAGGCACACCAUUGACCAAACCAUGCCAGCUGUGUCUUCCGGAGGUGUACCAGCCACCCCACUGGGUUUCGACCUACUCAUUCCAUCGAUAGUGGGAGUAGGGAUUUUACACAUAGUAAAAUAAUUUCUGGUUUAAAAAAAAAUAGUACCAGUCAGGUUUGGACACCUACUCAUUCAAGGGUUUUUCUUUAUUUUACUAUUUUCUACAUUGUAGAAUAACAGUGAAGACCUCCCAACUAUGAAAUAACACAUAUGGAAUCACGUAGUAA